AUGUCGGAAGAAAUACCCUCCACGCAACAGUAUCCUGUUAGCCAACAUCUACCAUCCCAACCCAAUGGCUACACCAGACCAUCUCGUGCCAGUGAACCUCGACAGCCUUACGGCUUUGAAGAUGAAUCGAAUUACACCGCGUCAAACAUCGUGACCGAGUUUCAGAGAAGGGGGACUGAUAAUACACUCAACGGCAAUGAUACAGAAAAUGCACCUCGCGAGAAUUUUAAGGGGCAGGAGAGCAAGAGCAGGAGUCGGAGCAGGAACACAUCGCGGACCAGGAACAAGAAGAAACUCGCAGUGGACCCGAAAUGGGCCGAGGUCGAGAAGGACCACUCGAACUGGAUCCACCGAGACAAGCUGAAGGAGAUCGAGACCAAGGAACUCGAGGAGGCUGGCUUCACAGUGGGACGCGCGAGUCGCUCGAACAGCCGGUCACAGAGUGCUGCCAGGGCCUCUCGUGAUAGAAAAAACUCGGCAGCCACCACAGAAAGUGCCCCGGCGGCAGAGGAACGAAACGAACGGCGCAUGGUUUCUCCCAUCCCGGCAGAAGAGGACGAAGCUGAGUCUGAGCGGGUCCAUAGUCAGGGUCAGUGGGACCUCCGAACACCAGAGGAGAUUGGAGCAGAGGAGCAAUUCGACUGGUCUACGCGGACCCAUCACGCCCUUCGUCCAAGCACUUCCCGAAUUCCAGUCGCAAAGACGAGUCCUGCGCCUGUCCCCAGCACUUUCGUCGAGCGAGAUGCUCCUCUCCCGAGAUCGAGGUCUAGCAGCGGCGCAAACUGGAGCCCAGAUGCGAAUGCAAUUGCAGUCAAUGGUGCCCGUGUCAGAAGUGGAAGUGUCUCGAGCCAGGUCUUGCUCGAUGACCCGACCAGAAUUUCUGGGGAAGUUCUGCGAUCUCCGCAACACACUAACUUCAGCAACCCAACUUCCCCUAUCACUGGAUCACCGCCAAAGGCAAAGACUCCUGGAAGGGGAGCCCCCAAUUCCGGUGCGCGGAAGACCAGUGCUCAGCGAUCAUCGUCCCAAGCCAAACCACGAACCACUUCCGUUACUUCUCCGAAGCGCCCUGGUACCAGUGGUGGCUCCAUCUCUCGGCCGACUACAAGCCAUAGACCGGAGGGAGAAGCUCCUUGGAUUGCUACUAUGUAUAAGCCGGAUCCUCGUCUCCCACCGGACCAGCAGAUUAUUCCAACGCAUGCAAAGCGGAUGCAGCAGGAACAGUGGGAGAGCGAUGGCAGGACUGGCUCCAUGUAUGGUCGGGAUUUCCGCCUACUCAAUACGGAUGAAUUCGACAACAAGCGCAACUCCCAGAUCCAGCCUUUGGAGCUGGACCGUGUCAGUAAGACCCCCAGUAACGAACAAUGGCCUCUUCCGAGCCCUACGAAGGCGAAUUUCGACAACACGCCCAAGUCUCCCACCAACGACCAAGGUGGUUACAAGCUCACUCCGACAAUACCGCAGGGUCCACAAGCAGCUCCCCGCGACGAGAGAAGACAGAGUCAAGCCUCUGCUCCCAAACCUCCAAAAGCAACCCGGAUGCCUGAGCCGCCCGAGGAAACGAAAGAGAAGAAAGGUUGUUGCUGCAUUUCGGACGGAGAAGAGCCCACAUCCCCCAUCGAGGCCGCCGCUGAGGUCGAGGUCUCCGCCGAUGCCGCCGGCUCCGGCCAGAUGUCCGUCCUCGAGGCGCUCAAGGGCGUCCUGAAGCUCGCCCUCAUCCACGACGGGCUCGCCCGCGGUCUCCGCGAGGCCUCCAAGGCGCUCGACCGCCGCCAGGCCCACAUGUGCGUCCUCAACGAGGCCUGCGAGGAGGAGGCCUACAAGAAGCUCGUCGUCGCUCUCUGCUCCGAGCACAAGAUCCCGCUCAUCAAGGUCCCCGAUGGCAAGCAGCUCGGCGAGUGGGCUGGUCUCUGCCAGAUCGACCGCGAGGGCAACGCCCGCAAGGUCGUCAACUGCUCCUGCGUCGUCGUCCGCGACUGGGGUGAGGAGUCCCAGGAGCGCACCAUCCUCCUCAACUACUUCCAGACCGAGCAAUAG